UGCAGCAUGGAGCCGCUGCGGGUCCUGGAGCUGUACAGCGGCAUCGGCGGCAUGCACCAGGCGCUGAGAGAAAGCUGUAUACCUGCACAAGUGGUGGCUGCCAUUGAUGUAAACACUGUUGCUAAUGAAGUAUACAAGUUUAAUUUUCCCCACACACAGUUACUGGCCAAGACAAUUGAAGGUAUUACACUAGAAGAGUUUGACAGAUUAUCUUUCAAUAUGAUUUUAAUGAGCCCUCCAUGUCAGCCAUUCACGAGAAUUGGCCUGCAGGGUGAUAUGACUGAUCCGAGGACAAAUAGCUUCUUGUAUAUUCUAAAUAUUCUCCCAAGGUAAAAACUCAGAUUCCUGUACAAGCUUACCUUAAAUUUAAAAUUGUGAGUCUGGAAGAAUGUGUUAGACCUGUUGAUACAAACAAUAGAAAAUUGUGGCUUUCAGUACCAAGAAUUUCUAUUAUCUCCAACCUCUCUUGGCAUUCCAAAUUCAAGACUUCGGUAUUUCCUUAUUGCAAAGCUUCAGUCAAAGCCAUUUCCUUUUCAAGCCACUGGUCAGGUAUUGAUGGAGUUUCCCAAAAUUGAAUCUGAACACCCACAAAAAUAUGCAAUAGAUGCAGAAAGUAAAAUUGAAGAAAAGAAAAUUGAAUCAAAUUUUUGCUUUAAUAGCAACACACAAUGUUCUGGAAAAGAUGCCAUUCUUUUUAAGCUUGAAACUGCGGAAGAAAUUGAGAGAAAACACCAACAGGACAGUGAUCUCUCUGUGCAAAUGCUAAAAGACUUUCUUGAAGAUGACAUUGACAUGAAUCAGUACUUUUUACCACCAAAGUCACUGCUGCGAUAUGCUCUUUUAUUAGACAUUGUUAAGCCCACUUGCAGAAGGUCUGUGUGCUUUACCAAAGGUUAUGGAAGCUACAUAGAAGGGACAGGAUCUGUGUUACAAACUGCAGAGGAUGUGCAGAUUGAGAAUAUCUACAAAUCCCUUUCCAAUUUGUCACAAGAAGAAAAGAUAACAAAGUUGUUAAUGCUAAAACUGCGAUAUUUUACACCAAAAGAAAUAGCAAAUCUCCUUGGAUUUCCUCCAGAGUUUGGGUUUCCUGAGAAGAUAACAGUGAAGCAGUGUUAUCGGCUACUUGGAAAUAGUCUCAACGUACGUGUAGUAGCUAAACUAAUCAAAAUCCUAUAUGUAAUUGGAAAUAACUCUGAAAGAUGGUCACAAUUUCCUUCAUGUCCAGACAGUAAUUCUGAAAUUCUAUUUCGAACUAAUUCUGAUGAAAUUCAACUAAAUUAUUUUAAUCUUUCUUUAAUAAGAAAUUUGGAAUUUAUUAAAAAAAAUCAUUUUGUUUUCUUAAAUUUAUAUUACUGUAUUUUACAAAAUGCAGAUUAUUGUUAUGCUUUAUGGAGAAUAUAUUUUCAUUUGAAACUAUUAACUAUAUAUGUAAAAUAUUCUCUUGAUAAUAAUAUGGCAUCAACAAAUUUAGGAACAUUAGAAUUUUAAUGUUUACAUGAAUAUCUUAUAAAGUGUCAUAACAGGCAUAACAUAAUGAAUCUGAGAAAUUGUAUAUUUUUGUAUGUUAAUUAAAGACAUGUUAUAAUCUUAUUUUACUUUUUUGUUAUAUAAUUACUUCUAAUUCUAAACUGAUUCUAAUUCUA